AUGGGGUCCGGGACACCAUAUCUUAUUUUCGGGCUACUGGUCUGGAUUUUCAGUCGCCUGACGCGAGCUUACUGCUUCGCUCCGCUACGCUCCAUCCCGGGUCCUUUCUUGGCCUGCUUCACUCGCUUCUGGUACGCCACACACGCCUAUUACGGACACAUUGAGCAGGAUCUCGUAGAGUUGCACAAAAGACACGGGAAAGUCGUCCGUGUUGCUCCCCACGAAUACAGCAUCGAUGAUCCAGAGGCAGUGAAGAUCAUCUAUGGCCGUGGCUCCCAAUUCCGAAAAGCAGAUUUCUACGCCGCUUCCGAAAGACCAGGACACCCUAACCUGUUCAGCCAGAGAGAUCCAGCGCGACAUGAUCAGGAUCGGAAGAAGUACAAUUACGCCUAUACAAUGAGCGCUAUGGUCUCCUAUGAGAAGUAUGUCGAUGAUUGCAUUGAACUGCUUGGGCAGAGACUAGUCGAGCAGAAAGAUGCUGUUGACAUGGCUUGGUGGUUGCAUUGCUUUGCUUUCGAUGUUAUCGGUGCCAUCACUUUCUCUAAACGCUUUGGAUUUUUGGACGCGGGCGAUGAUGUGCAUGGGCUCAUCAAGACAGUGCAUGGAAAUGCAUUCUAUGCUACAAUCUUUGGAAUCUUCCAUGAGGUGUAUGCUUCAAUGUUUCACGUCAAAGCUUGGCUCUCGAAAGUUGGGAUACUCAACCAGAGUGGCCAGACUUUCAUGCAGGACUUUGCAGGCGGCCUACUCAGAGAGCGCCGACAGCACUUGGACGAUGUUGAUCAGGGAUCACUCAGCCAGGAGGCCGACGACGGCAGACCCAAAGAUUUCCUCACGAAGUACAUGGAACAGCAUCUCAAAGACCCAUCUCGUUUCAAUAUCGGCGAUGUCAUGAAUGGUCUCGGCGCAAACAUCAAUGCAGGCUCCGACACAACUUCGAUCACGCUGAGUGCCCUUCUCUACCAUACCCACAAGAACCCCACUGUCCUCGCCAAACUCCGCCAAGAGCUCGAAGAGAGCGAGUCCAACGGCAAGAUGUCUUCACCGAUUACGUUCAAACAAGCCCAAAGCCUUCCGUAUCUACAAGCUGUCGUCAAAGAAACGCUUCGUAUUCACCCAGCAGUCGGCAUCACACUUCCACGCGUCGUCCCUCGGGGUGGAGCGCAUAUCGCAGGCCACUUCUUUCCCGCAGAUGAAAUCGUUGGCGUAAAUCCGUACGUGGCGCAUCGAAAUCACGAGGUCUUUGGAGCAGAUGCGAAUGUCUUCAGGCCUGAAAGGUGGUUGGAACAGAAUGUCAAGGCUGAGAUGGAGAAGUAUUUUAUGGCUUUCGGGGUGGGAAGGAGAAGCUGUGUUGGGAGGAAUGUCGCUUUGCUCGAGAUCACGAAGGCUGUACCGGAGCUUUUGAGGAGGUUUGAGUUUCAGCUGUUGGGUGAAUGUGAAUGGCGGACGAGGAAUUGGCUGUUUAUCAUGCCUGAGAAGCUUGGUAUGAGUGUUAGAGAGAGAAGGUAGAUUUUCAAAUUCGCUAUAGAGCUUCUUCCUU